ACCAGCUCAUCAUCAUUUGUGCUUUGAACUUCUUAAGUGUAAAUUGCUCGUUCGCUUCUGCUCGAGAAAAUUUCGUGAAACGCCAAAACCUAAACCAACAAAAAUGAAAUUCUUUUUGCUAUUGGCUUUAGCCCUUGUGGGCAUUGCUGCUGGAGCUCAGUUACCUGACUCCGCCACCCAGGGACCCAAUCCUCAGGAUAUUGCCACUCCGGAGCCGGAGUACAUUGAUAUCGACGAACCUGCACCGGUGGCUGCCGCCCCUGCUCCUCGUCCCGUGGCCGCUGCUCCCCGUCCCGUCUUCGCCGCCCCCGCUCCCCUCGCUCGACCAGUUGCUCGUCCAGUGGCUCACCCCGUGGUUGUGGCCCAAUCCUUCGUCCAGCAGCCCGUCCAGCAGCAGAUUGUCCAGAGGGCUCAAUACGUGCCGCCAGUGGCUCAGCAGGUGGUGUUGCCGCAGCAGCAGCUGGUGGGUCACACCUACAACAGCAGGGCUGGAUACCAGUACCGCCGUCCAGUCUAUAACGAAACCAUCAAAGAAACGACCAACAAGAACAAGCCAAGAUCAAAAGCAUAAAGAGCGAAGUACAAAGAGACAAAUGAUGUUCUAAAGACAAAGAUCGAAAAACGAAGUAUUCAGUUAUUGUUGAAUUGCCCAGUAAAGUACGAAUAAAUAAACGUAAAUUAUUUGUAAAAAUGAUAAACAAA